UCCCCGCACUUUUAUCGCUCGCUUUUCCCAUCACUAGAUUGUUGUUUUGAUUUUCGCUGUUUUCAAUAACGAUAUCAGGUGGUCCACUUCGGGCAGUUAAUCGAUAUCAGGUGGUCCAUCGAAAGCAAUUUAUAUAUUUUUUUUAAAUCCCUUCAAAAAUUUGACUUCUCGGUGAAUAAAAUAUGAAUUGCGAGCAAUAUUCGAUUUAGCCGUUCGCAGCCGCGACGCCCGGGAAACGAGCAACGGCGGAAUCAGGCCAGGAUCGCAGUGUUUCCAGCGCGGCCGCUGCAGUGCCUCCUGCUUUCCCCCUCCAGCUGAAAAAAGCAGCGAACGAACGACCUCCUCCCCCGGCCCCGCCCCGCUGACCACGCCCCCACCCGCCUGCAGCUUAAUCAGCAGAUAAACGAAGUAAUCCGGAAGCUGGAGCAGCAGCAGCAGCAGCAGCGGCUGAAGCGUGGAUCCCCAUCCAACCGGCGGCUGAGCGAUGCAGCAUAGGCCACCAUGGGUUCACAGACCUUGGAGAUUCUGCGCCAGGGCGUGUGGGCCUCGCUGACCGGCGGCUACUUCUACGAUCCGCACCAGGGCGUCUUCUGCAACGUGGUGCACCUUUACCUCUGGCUCUACCUGCUCUGCUCGCCCUUUGUGGCUUACCUGGUAGGUGCUCCUCCUCCGCCUUCCCUUUCCCUUACUCACUUUACCAUUCUGCAGUACUUUCCGAGCACCUGGCUGACAUGGUGCCUGUACUGCGUGACCACCAGCCUGACCAUCCUGCUGGUCAAGCUGGCCAAUCUGGCGCUGCACCGGCUCUACGAUCGCGCCCAGACCAUGUCCGAGGUGAACCUCAAGGGGCAGUUCUUCAAGGUCACCAAGGAGACGGAGCCGCGCCACCACGACGACGAGGGCGGCAUCGAGAUGAAGGUCAUCCGGCCGGGCGGCUCGCGCAUCUCCGUCGAGCAGGCCAUCAAUGAGGCCAGCGAGGAGAACAGCAUUAUGUCGAUCGAUAAUGUGAACAGCAUAAUUGACCUCAAGGUCGAUGUGCAUCGCAAGAACAGCUCCGAGUCCAUCGAACUGAUGUUCUACGCCCCUUCCAUGCUCUCCGGCGGCAGCCAGCAGGAUCAGCAAUCGCUAGCAGGCUCCGCCAGCGUUAGCAAGUCCAUCAGAAGCUCGGGACCGGGCGGCAACUCCUCCACCAGCGCCGCCGCCCAAGCGGAUCUGUUCAACAAGUACCUCACCGUCUAUCCGGAGGUUGUCGAGGCGGCCGGCAGCAGUGCGGGCAGCGCGGAUGGCGAGGCCUUGGGUCCAGCGGCGCCCGUUCAGCACGUUCGCACGGGUCACUUGUCGCGCAAGUGCUCCGAGGUCUUCAGUCGCCGGCAUCGGCGUCGCCUGGAACGCCAGAGCAGCCUGGACACUGCGGCGGCCAACUCCAGCGUGGAGCACAAGCUGAUGCGCAACCAGUCGGACACGAUAGCCACGGCGGCGCCCUCGUUCCUGCACUCCCAGCCGACGAACAAGGCGCGCGGCCAGGCCAAUCCGCGCCAGCACUUCAUAGCCAGCACUCCGUCGGCGGCAGAUGGAGGUGCCUCUUCCUCCUCCACUGCCGUUGUGGUAAUUGCCCCCAACUCCUCGAAUGGAAAUCCUGGACGCUCGUCGCGCCUGCAGCGCCACAGAAGCUCGGAGACGCACGACGAGCGGCUGAAGCACCAGAGCCGCGGCGGUCUCUUCCAGCCGAUCCUGCAGCUGCCGCACCACAGUGCAGCCAGCAGCAUCGGGGCGCUGAUGAUCGGCGGCGGCGGCGGCGGCAGUGGGGCGGCCAACGAUGUGGAGGACAUGGAGCUGGGGCUGGCCAGGAAUGCGGGCAGCGGCGGAGUGGCCGACGCCUGCAGCAGGGCCCUGCAGUCCUGGAUUUUAGAUCCCUUUCCCGACGUCUACCUGGAGGACGAUAGCUACACCAAAUCAGAUCUGGGCAUCGAGCAGCCGCACCAGCCGACCUUCCGCGCCCAGCAUCACCAUCACCAUCACCACCACCACCACCUGCAUCAUCACCUGGGCGGCGCGAUCAUCCGCAAGGAUCCCACCAGCACAAUGUCUGCGCUUCAGCUGGCCGGAGGCGCUCCACCGGCAGCGGCAGGAGGAUCGGGAGCGGGCGGCAGUGGAGGAGGAGCGGCUAGCGGCGGAGGCUCAACUGCCGGGAUGAAGCGACGCAGACAUUCCAACGCCACCAGCUACAAGCACAGCUCGGGCCAGGGCAAUAAAUCUUCACUGGCGGGAGGAGGAAGUGGAGGAGCAGCCAUCACACCAGGAACAUCGGCAAACAGCGGAGCAGCCGGCGGAGUGAGGCGCAUCAAGAGCGCCGCCUUGGAGGUGCUCUGCCCGCAGCCCUCGGUCUCCAAUCUCAGUCCGCAUCCGAACAGCGUGGAGGCCAUUUCAGGCCAACAGCAGAUGCGCAAUCCCCUGCCGCCGCCGAGCAAGAGUUUGGUGCGCAACCAGCAUCUCAAUCUGUAUCCCACGCAGGGCUUUGGUGACAACAACACCUCGGGAGCAGGAGGAGGAGCACCUGGGAACGGCAGCACCUGCAGCAGCCUCUUCUUCGGCAGCUCCAGCGCCUGCGGCUCCACAACGGCGCUGAUUGAGCCUCCCGUCUAUCCCAUAGUGGAGCACUCGGACGAGAAGACGGCGCACGAGGACGUUUGCCUGGGAAUUGGCCAGGGAAACGCCGACGAUGACGACGAGGUGGACGACGUGCCGAUCCGCAGGAGAACGCGGGCGCUGGGCUGCAGCCAAACGCACUACAGUGCGGAAUCGGAUGUGGGCGGCUUCCUGGCGGACGACGUGGCCGCCGACGAGGAUGUGUUCAAGGACUUCGACGACAACCUGGAGCACAUACUCAGCGAGCUCCAGCAGACGCACAAUCAGCUGGACGACGUCCUCAAGACCCACGAUCUCCACCAGCAGCAUCUGCAGCACAAGGCGACGUCGGGAAAGGGCGAAAACAAUGACGACGACGACGAGGAGACGGAGGACAACAACACGGGCUCUCGCUCCCCGCUGCUCAGCGAUCGCAAUCGCCAGCAGGCCACGCUGCGCGAGAUCCAGGCGGACAAGCAGCUGCGCCAGGAGCUAUCAUCGCACCAAACUGGGGCAGUAAUCCCGGCGCCCAUUGCCAUUCCCCCAUUGCCCAUUCGCAGCGAGGCGGAUUCCGGCUGCCCCUCGAGCGACUGCGAGCAGGUGAGCGCCAGCUCCAAGGAUCAGCUGCUGGCCGGGAUGGAGCCGGAGCAGCAGCAGCAGCAGGCGUUACAGAGAUGCCAACUGGACGAGGAGCAGCCGUGCACCUCGAAAGCGGCCGCCAAGAGUCUGGGCGCCAUUCCAAAGGUGGUCAAGUACCGGGAGGUGGAUGAAUUGAGGAGAAGACGACGCGGAGGCUCCCCUGCGGAUGCCACCGAGGCUGCGACGGCGACGGCGGCGGGCAACGAGUUCGCUUUGGUCAAGCAGACCAAGCUGGCCUCGCGCAACUCCUCCUCCUCGAACUCGACGCACAGCAUCAGCCUGACCGAUAGUCUGACGGCGGAUAUCCACAAGAUGCUUUGGCUGAUGCACGGCGGAGCUGUGGACGAACGCGGCCGUCCCAUCACGGGCAUCUCGGCGGAUGGCACCCCGAUCCCGGCGAGCAGCAGCCUCGUGCCGCCGAACAUGUCCAACGCACACUUCCAGUUCUACCAGGACGCCAUUCAGGCGCUCCAGGGCGCCCAUCCCGCCUCCAGCUCGAGUGUGGAGCACAUGACCAACAUUGAGCGGGCUUUGGCCCGGGAUAAGCUGCGCCUGGAUGCCAAGUUGAUGUGCGAGCAGCUGGCCGCUGCGGCGGAGGCGAACUCUGGCGUGAGGGGCAGCACGCUGGCCACCCAGCAGAUGACGCAGCAGCAGGUGGGCAUGCUGAUGCGCGGCGGCUCCGGGUCGCGGCAUCCAUCUAGCGCUCCCUUCUCCGUCCAGGGACUGAUCAAUGUGAUCCGCAGCGAGCGGCAGGUGGCGCGCAGCCAGCUGGAUGCACUGCAGCAGCUCAGCGAUGCGGCGGCCGCAGUGGCGGCGAAUGCCAGCGAGAAUGCCUCCGUUUCGGCAGGAGGAGGAGGAGCAGGAGCAUCUAGCGGAGGAGUUCUAAGCGCCUUGGGGCUAGCCAAUCAUCCGAGCAACCAGAUAAGCCAAAUCAGUCAGAUCAGCCAGAUGAGCCAGCCCAUGCUGAAUGUGGACGGGCACUUUGCACCCUACUGCGACUACUGGCGACCGGCGUGCCUCCUUUCCGCGGCGGAGAAGCCAGCGGCGCCGAAGAGCUUCUACAAGUACCGGUUCAAGUGGUGCGGCCAGGAGCACGAGUUCAAGAUCGCCAUGGACCGGCUGGAGCUGCUGGCCUUGUUCGACCGCGACCUCCACUGGCUGCACGUGCUCCUGGCCAGCCUGCUGUGCACGAUGGUGGCCUGUUUGGGGGCGGCGAUCCUGCAGCACGACCACUACAAGGAUCUGUGCGCCCUGCUCUUCUGCGCGGUGAUCGCCGGGGCGCAGUACUCGCUGGUGAAGAGCGUGCAGCCGGAUGCGGCGUCGCCUGUGCAUGGAUUCAACAAGACGGUGGCCUAUUCGCGGGCCAUCUACUUCUGCCUGGGCGGAGGGUUGCUGCUGCUGCUCAAGCGCCUGGACACGGACUACGGGGAAAGGCCUCCAGAUCCUGUGACCUUUUUCGGGCUGCGCUACUCGCCCGCCGACGUGGUGGCCCUGCUGCUGCACGCGCUCUACAUCCUGCUGCUCUGCUUUCCCAUCAUCUUCUCGGUGGGCCUGUGCCCGCAGAUCAACACGUUCCUCAUGUACCUGCUGGAGCAGAUCGAUAUGCAUGUCUUUGGCGGCAAUGCGGCGAGCAGUCUGCUGGGUUCCUUUUUGUGCGUGCUGCGAUCGGUGCUGGCCGUAAUGUUGCUCUACGGACCGCUCUACGGAGCUUUGGACGAGCAGCGCGGCACCCAGUACAUCCUGUUCUCCAUCUUCUGCGCCAUGCUGGUGCCCCUCGGCUACCACCUCUCCCGCUGCGCCAGCGACUUCAGCCACCUGUGGCGGCUGAUCAAGACCUGCAUAGUGAGCACGUAUCGGGACGACGAGGACGAGGAUCUCAGUCAGGUUAACGCACCGGGAGGAGGUAAUAGUACUGCCCUCCAGCUAACCACCAGCACGCCGAAGCAGCGCAGGCAGCAGGCGGAUUUAAAGACGGAGCAGCAGGAGCAGAUCGAGCUGAGCUCGCUGGAGAAACUAACCGCCAACGAGGAGAGGGAGCAGGGAGCGGAGGAUCCACUGGAGGAGCACGAACUGCCGCUCCAGCAGAAGCAGCACAGCAAGUCGAAGGCCUCUUCCCUGGGCAGCAGCCAGCAGACGCUGGCCAAGACGAUCGGCAGCAGCAAGAGAGCCUCCAGUUCGUGCACCUCGAUAGGAGGAGCAGCCGAAGAACCAGUGGCCACUGAGGAGGAUCAGCAAGGAGAUCAGCUAGCCAGCGAGGAGCCGAGCAAGCAGGAAUUAACGGAGGCCUACGACCAGGCAGCCAAGGCAGCCGAUGAGAGCGAGGACAAGAUCUCCAGCUCAUCGGCCACGAAUCCCGGCGACAUGUCCACGCUGACGGCGGGAGCGGGCGCAGCCUGCCUGGAGGAGGAUGCGGAGGCGCCUGCUGAGGAGAAGCAGCAGCAGCAGCAGCAGGGAACGGGAACCACCGAGGCCAGUGAAAACAGCAGUGGAAAUGCAAAAGGAAAUGCAACGACUAGCAGUGAUCUCCCCGAUCCGCUGCCACGCAAACUGCAGGCCACGGUGACCACGCGGCUGAAGAACGACCUGGUGGUGAUGACCCUGCUGGCGGUCAGCGUGCUGGGUCUGCACUGCAGCACCGUCUUCACCGCCCUGCAGCCGGAUCUCAAUGUGGUGCUGUACUCGUUCAUUGGCGUUCUGGGCCUCCUGCUGCACUACAUCGUGCCGCAAAUGAGGAAGCACAUGCCCUGGCUGUGCUUCGCUCGUCCGCUGCUCCGGCAGCGCGAAUUCGGCCAGUUUGAGGUGCUCAACGCACCGAAGAUCAUGUGGUUCGAGAAGCUCUACAUUUACCUGAGUGUCCUCGAGCGGAACGUGCUCUUUCCGCUGCUGGCCAUCUCCUCGCUGACGGCGGACGCGCAGCUAAUUGUCGGCAAGUUCGGACUGCCCUGGGGCACCCUCAUCGUGGCCAUUUGUGCUUUAAAGUUUGUGAGAAACGCCUACUCGGAUCCGACCAACCAGUACCUGAUCAUCAUCUUCACGGUAUUGCUGUUCCGCAUUGACUUUGCCAUGGCCACGGAGACCUUCAUCAUAGACUACUUCUUUGUAUCCUUGGCCUUUCGCAAGUGCUGUGACUUUCUGCUAAAGCUCCAAUUCAUUGUAACCUACAUUGCGCCGUGGCAAAUCACCUGGGGCUCCGCCUUCCACGCCUUCGCCCAGCCGUUUAGUGUGCCCCACUCGGCGAUGCUCUUCCUGCAGGCGGGCAUCUCGGCCCUGCUCUCCACCCCGCUGAAUCCCUUCCUGGGCAGCGCCAUCUUCCUGACAUCCUACGUGCGGCCCAUCAAGUUCUGGGAGCGGGACUACAACACGCGCCGCAUCGACCACUCGAACACGCGGCUCAGCUCGCAGCUGGAGCGCGAUUUGGGGGCGGACGACAACAACCUGAACAGCAUCUUCUACGAGCACCUCACGCGCUCCCUGCAGCACUCGCUGUGCGGGGAUCUGCUGAUGGGUCGCUGGGGGAAUGUCAACCAGGGAGAUUGCUUUGUUCUCGCCUCCGACGAUCUCAACUGUUUGGUGCACAUCAUCGAGCUGGGGAAUGGACUCUGCACCUUUCAGAUGCGCGGCCUGGAGUUCCGGGGCACCUACUGCCAGCAGCGCGAGGUGGAGGCCAUCACCGAGGACGUGGAGGACAACGACGGCUGCUGCUGCUGCGAUCCGGGGCACCUGCCGCGCCUGCUCAGCGCCAACGCCAUGUUCUCCACCAGGUGGCUGGCCUGGCAGGUGGUCGCCGCCCAGUACGUCAUCGAGGGCUACUCCAUUUCGGACAACCUGGCCAGUGCCACGCUGCAGGUGUUUGAGUACCGCAAGGUGCUCAUCACCUACUACAUCAAGAGCAUCAUCUACUAUGUGGUGAAGAACCCCAAGCUGGAGCAGUGGCUGGCCUCCGGUCCCAUCCAGGACGCCCUGCAGCACACGCUGAGCCGCCAGUUCGUCGAUCUGGAUCCCAUAUUCAACUUCAAUCUGGACGAGGACUUUGACUUCCGGGCCGUGGGCAUCACGCGCUCCAGCUUCUGCUACGUGUACCUCAAAUGGAUCAACUACUGCGUGGACAUGCGAAGGGAUGCGGCUGCCUCCAUGGGAGCUCCUGCCUCUGGGGGAGCUUCCUCUGCCCCGGCAUCUGCGGCUGCAGCUGCUCCGCCGCCGCCACCGGUUACGCCCGCCCACAAUGACUCGAAGAGCACGCCCAAUCUCUCGGCGCACGGGGGAUCUUCUGGAGCGGCCUCGGGCCAAUCCAAGUCCCAGUCGCAGCAGCAGUUGCGGCGUCCGCCGAAGAGUGCGGGCCAGGAGAGCGUGGGAGCAGCAGGAGCUGCCGGAUCAGUUGCUAAUCCCGCAGGAGGCGGAGGAGGAGGCCCAACCACCGUUGGCGGAGAUCAGCAGCUGAGCAGCUCGCACAGCUUCGCCAACAUAUCCCGGCAAACAUCGGAGAGUGCUCCUGGUUUGGGUGGCUAUGUGACCUACAUGGAUCAGAAUGUGUUCGUUAAGCUGGCCAAGAGUAGCACGGCAGCAGGAGCUCCGGCCGGACGAAAGGAGAGCCAGGAGAAGCCCGCGCUGCGGCUGAAGCUGGCCAGCGUGGGCAAGGAGGCGCCGCUGGUGUCCCUCUGCCUGGCCUUGGGCCUCCUGGCCCGCCGAUCCCUGGCCACCGCCUCGCACAGCUCGCUGACCGGCGUGGAGUUCUUCCUGCACGGCCUGCACGCCUUGUUCAAGGGCGAUUUCCGCAUCACCUCGCCGCGCGACGAAUGGGUCUUUGCGGACAUGGAGCUGCUGCAUUCCGUGGUGGCGCCCGCCGUCAAGAUGGCCCUCAAGCUGCAGCAGGACCACAUCACCAAUCCCGACGAGUUCCUCGAUCCGCAUGCCCUGUACGAUGCCAUCGACAACUGCUCCAACGAGCUGGUCAUCUCGCACGAGGCCGAUCCCGUCUGGCGGAGCGCCGUGCUGCGCGGAGCACCCAAUCUGCUGGCCCUGCGCCACGUGAUGGAGGACGGGUCGGAUGAGUACCGCAUCAUCCGGCUGACCAAGCGAUGCCUCAGCUUCCGGGUGAUCAAAUUGAAUCGCGAGUGCGUCCGCGGUUUGUGGGCUGGGCAGCAGCAGGAGCUGAUCUACCUGCGCAACAGGAAUCCCGAGAGGGGCAGCAUCCAGAACGCCAAGCAGGCGCUGCGCAACAUCAUCAACUCCAGCUGCGAUCAGCCGAUUGGUUAUCCCAUCUACGUGUCGCCUUUGACCACUUCCUAUGCGGAUACGAAUGCCCAGCUGUGCGAGGUGAUUGGCGGCGCCAUCACACUGGACACCAUUAGGCAGACGGUGCUGGGCUGGUGGCACCGCAUCCGCGAGCGCUGCCGGCAGGGCUGCAGCUCGGGAUCUGCAAUGGAAGCGCAUCCAGGCGCUGGACCCGUGCAGCUGGGCGCCUGCAACUUUGGCAGCGGCGGCAGCGUCGUGGGCGCCGGCUCCACGGCCACCGGAGUGGGUGCCUCUGCGGGUUCCGGGCUGGGAGUGGGAGUGGCUCCCGGCACCGCCAGCAGCACAGGCGGCGAAUCAGGCGACCUGGCGCCCGUCUUCAUCUCGGCGCCGCUCUACAACACGCUCACCGUCAACAGCUACUACAACGUGCGGCCGGGAAAUGUUCCCGGCGGUGGGAUGGCCGCCAAUCUGGGCGGCAGCUAUGUGAGCGACAGCCUGGCGGUGGUCCGCGGAGGUUUGGCCGUGAUGCCCGUGAAGCCCACGUCCACCACUCUGAUUGCUGGACUGCUGAACAGGGAGCGGGAUCAGGAAAGCUCUGGAUCUGGAGGAGGAGGAGGAGGAGCAGCCAGUGGUGGAGCCACCAGAGCCACGAGCAGUGGCGGCGUGCGCAGUCGAAGACCGGAGAUGGGCAGCAGUCGGGGCAGGGAUCACGAGCGACGGGCCACCCUGCCCAUUGCCAGCGGAGGAGCUGGUGGCGAGUCUGUCAAGGAUCUGGCCACGCCCCAAACGCAGGUGGAGCACGAGCCCAGUCCGCGUAGCACCAAGCUCUCCUCUUCGUCCGGCAGUCUGGGCCUGGGAAUGGGCGUGGGCCUGGGCAACAUCAUCACCACGCCAGGAGAUUAUCCGCGGAAGACCAAGGGACCGAUUUGCCUGACCUCCGUGGAGGCGGGAGGAGAGGGAAAGCCCGCAGGAUCGGGAACGGUAGCAGGAUCCGGUGGAGGAGGAGGCGCCGUCAUCAGGAAGCCGCGCAUCGAGAUCCUGAAGAAGGUCAUCAUAGUGGACGACACGGGGAUCUACGACUGCCUGGACAUCAUCGAUGCCGUCGUGUGGCCCACCGAACGCAUGCGCAACAAUGGCGGCCGGCUGUCGUGGAAGGACUGGGAGCCCAGUGCCGGGAUGGUGGGCCACGUGGUCCACUGCUGGACGCCCAACCACAAGGACAUGCGCUUCCGCUCGCACGUCAACCGCUACGUGUAUCUGGUGGAGAUCGGCGAGCACUACGUGCCCGUGGAGGAGCUGGGCCUGCGGGAAUACAACCAGAUAAUGGGCAGCAACGAGGAGAUGGCCAACUCGCGGCGCAGCUCCAUCCAGCGCGAGUUCCACGAGUACAAGAUCCAGCUGAGUCUGGGUGGCCUGCCCGCGAUCAGACCGUCGACUAGCGACGCCUCCAAGGCGACGCACAAGGCCAAGAUCCGGGCGGUGAGCAGCAGCAGUUCCGAGGACGAGGACACCUCGUCCACGCGCUCCAUUCCCCUGCCACACGACGAUCCUGGCGACCUGACCAACUUCACCAGGCUGGUGAGCAUGUGGAAGGAGAUAAUCCUGGACAAUAACAAGCGACGGCUCUACGACAUGGGUGAGCUGUCGCCAGAGCUGCUCCAGAAACUGGACGACGCCGUCCAGCAGCAGCAGCAGCAAGAGGCGCCCGCAGACGAGACGGAGGUAACCGAGGAGGAGGUCCCAGCCACAGUCACUGCCAAUGAAGGUGAAGAGGAGGCGGAAAAGGAGCAGCAGCAGCAGCAGGAGGAGAUUGAGAGUCCCGAAGAGCAAGCACAGCUGGAGGAGGUGACCGUUUCCAAGCCCGAGGAGCAGCCAGCUCCCUGCAGUCCCGCUCCUGCCGAGGCCAGCUCCCCAAGCUCCCCUUCCCUCAGCCAAGAAGAGGAGGAGGAGGAGGCAGUCGAUCCAGGGAAGACCCCUGAACUUCCCUCCGAGGAGCCAGCCAGCGAGACGGGGACAACGGUCUGAAGGAUAGCGAACGAUGGAGCUGCCUUCACAUAGAUUUGCAUUUGUUUGCCAAGCAAACAGGGACUCACACCCAGGUGGACAUGGAGAUGGCACCACCAACUUGUAAUACAUAUCAGCAGAGAGCAGAGUUACGGAGAUAGAGAUUACAGAGGGCUUCCGUGUGGCCCAUUUCCAUUUCCAUAUAACCAUAUAUCCUGGCCAGGAACAACAACAAAUGAGAACACUUCCAAGAAAUCAAAGUAAAGUUUAUAAAACGACUGCGUUUAGUGUAUGCAUAGGGAUUAGGAGCAAACUACAAUAAUUCAGACAAGAAAAAACAAAAAAAGAAUUCAAUUUUUAGUAUUAAUUACAAGUUAUAGAUUAUACUCAGUAUAUAGGAAAAACAAAAAAAACAGAGCGCAAAUCGAGAGCAGAGUUUUUGGACAGGAGAUAGG